GGAUCACCAGGAUAUGGAACUCAGAAGAGUGACUGGUUCUGCUGCGCUUCACCAUGGCCUUUACCACAUGACCAACAUAGGAGUUCCCAGUAGCCCUAAGCCAAUCAUAGCAACUACUACUGCAAAAGCUUUUGAUCUCUGGCACUAUAGAUUAGGACAUGUCUCUCACUUCAAGAUACCACAGCUGAAAACUUUUUGUAAAUCC